AGAGCACAAAGAGGAGCUACAUGUCAGAGCUCAGCUUUGGUUAGUUAAUGAUUAUUUUUCAAGGAGUAGCUUUUACAGAAGAGCAGAGCAAAGCCGGCUCACCUCCAGACAAACAGCAACCAUGAAGCUCGGCAAACAUCUUUCUUUUUCCAUUCUGCUUCUUCUUUCGGCAACAUGGAGUGCAAAUGGGGGGAACAUUUUGGUGUGGUACACUGAAGGCAGCCACUGGAUUAACCUGAAGCCUGUGCUGGAGACACUGAUCGACAGGGGACACCAGGUGACGGUUCUGGUGCCGAGCACGUCGAUGUUCAUGAACAUCAGUGAGCCUUCACGUUUCAGCUAUGAACCCUUCAAUGUCUCUGUCUCAGUGGAGCAGAUGGAGAGGUUAAUGGAAGAUUUAUUUCAAUUUUCUAUAUACGAGACAGACAAAAUGAGUUACUUGCAGAUUUACAACAGAUUCAUGGAGCUGAUUAAUGUCAACAUGGAGUAUACUUUAAAGUUUUUAGAUGGACUCCUGAAAUCAGAAACCACCAUGACGAAGCUGAAGGAUGGAAAAUACGAUCUUCUCUUUUCGGACCCCAUCUUCGUAGGUAGUGACUUGUUAGCUGAUGUAUUGGGAGUCCCCCUGGUCUUGUCCUUGCGCUUCUCCAUGGCCAAUAACUGGGAGAGACAGUGCGGUCAGUUACCAGCUCCACCUUCGUUUGUCCCGGGGGCUAUGAGCAAACUGACCGACAAGAUGAACUUCUUGGAAAGAGUGCAGAACUUUCUCUUUUACCAAUUUCAGGACAUCAUGCUGGCCAACAGCAUAUGGAAAAAAGUUGAUAAUUAUUACUCCGAAUACAGAGGAACCCCCACCAGUUCCUGCGAGUUAUUGGGUAGAGCAGACAUCUGGUUGAUGCGAACUUACUGGGAUUUUGAUUUCCCUCACCCUUUGCUCCCUAACUUCAAAUAUGUUGGAGGGAUCCACUGCAGACCUGCUAAGCCUUUGCCAGAGGAUAUGGAGGAGUUUGUACAAAGCUCUGGAGACGCUGGUGUUGUGGUCUUCAGUUUGGGAUCAAUGAUCAAGAACAUGACCAGAGAGAAGGGAAACAUGAUAGCGUCCGGACUUGCUCAGAUCCCACAAAAGGUGUUGUGGAGAUAUAGUGGAGAAAAACCAGACACACUGGGUGCCAACACCAGGAUAUACAACUGGAUCCCUCAGAAUGAUCUCUUGGGUCACCCCAAGACCCAGGCUUUUAUCACCCAUGGUGGCACAAAUGGGAUUUAUGAAGCCAUCUACCACGGUGUUCCUUUGGUGGGCAUUCCACUGUUUGGGGACCAGCCAGACAACAUGGUCCAUAUGAAGGCGAAGGGAGCUGCAGUAAACUUAGAAAUAAACUUCAUGAAGUCUGAAGAUCUUACAGAUGCAGUCCAUACUGUCAUCAAUGAUAAAUCGUACAAAGAAAAUGCCAUGCGGCUGUCCAGUAUUCACCAUGACAGACCAAUGAGUCCUCGAGAUGAAGCAGUUUUCUGGAUCGAGUACACCAUGAGAUACAAAGGGGCCAAGCACCUAAGGGUCCAAGCUCAUGAACUCACCUGGUACCAGUAUCACAGCCUGGAUGUCCUGGCUUUCUUCCUUUCCAUUGAUCUCUUCCUGAUAUUCAUCUUCAUCAAGACCUGCAGUUUCUGCUUCCGGAGGUGCUGUGGCAGAAAGAGUACAACAAAGAGGAAGACUGAGCUUUUACGAAAGAUCAGCACAGAAUGCUCUCCACUUACCACAUGCAUUAUGAAGCUAGAGCACCGUUUCUCCGUUUCCGUUCUGCUGCUACUUUGUCUCACAUGGAGCGCAAAUGGAGGGAACAUUUUGGUGUGGUACACUGAAGGCAGCCACUGGAUUAACAUGAAGCCUGUGCUGGAGACACUGAUCGACAGGGGACACAAGGUGACGGUUUUGGUUCCUAGCACGUCGAUGUUCAUGAACGCCAGCGAGCCUUCAAGCUUUGGCUACGAACCCUUCAAUGUCUCUUUCCCAUUGGAGGAGCUGGAGGAGUUUUUUGAAGAAUAUCUUCACUUUUCAAUGUACGAGAUGGAUCAUUUGAGCUACUGGCAGAUUUACAUCAAAUACAUGGAUCUGAUGAGGGUCGACCUGCAGUAUUCAUUGAAGACCUUGGACGGAGUGCUGAAAUCAGAAACAAUCAUGAAGAAGCUGAGAGAGGCAAAAUAUGACCUUCUCUUUUCUGACCCUAUCUAUGCGGGUAGUGACUUAUUAGCAGAUACAUUGGGCAUUCCCCUGGUCUUGUCUCUGCGAUUUUCCUUAGCCCAUAACUGGGAGAGACAGUGUGCUCAGUUACCAGCUCCACCUUCGUUUGUCCCGGGGGCUAUGAGCAAACUGACCGACAAGAUGGACUUCUCCGAGAGAGUGUGGAACUUCCUUUUCUAUGCGCUGCAAGACCUCGUCAUGCAUGAUGUUUUUUGGAAACAACUCAAUAAUUAUUACUCUGACUUCAAAGGAACACCAGUAAGUGCUUGUGAAAUGAUGGGUAGAGCAGAUAUCUGGUUGAUACGAACCUACUGGGAUUUUGAUUUCCCUCGUCCUUCACUUCCUAAUUUCAAAUUUGUUGGUGGAAUCCACUGCCGGCCUGCUCAACCUUUGCCAGAGGAUAUGGAGGAGUUUGUGCAAAGUUCUGGUGACGCUGGCAUUGUGGUCUUCACUUUGGGAUCAUUCAUCAAGAACAUCACUGCAGAGAGAGGAAACGUGAUAGCCUCAGCUCUCGCUCAGAUCCCACAAAAGGUGCUGUGGAGAUACAGUGGAGAAAAACCAGCCAAUCUGGGAGCCAACACCAGGAUAUACAACUGGAUCCCUCAGAAUGAUCUACUGGGUCACCCCAAGACCCAAGCUUUCAUUACUCAUGGUGGCACAAAUGGGAUUUAUGAGGCAAUCUACCACGGUGUUCCCAUGGUGGGCCUGCCCAUGUUCGCUGACCAGCCAGACAACAUGGUUCAUGUUGAGGCUAAGGGAGCAGCAAUUAUCUUAAACGUGAACUUCAUGAAGCAAGAGGACCUUACAGAUGCAGUCAACACUGUAAUAAAUAAGAAGUCGUACAAGGAAAAUGCCAUGCAACUGUCCAGCAUUCACCAUGACAGACCAAUGAGUCCUCGAGAUGAAGCAGUUUUCUGGAUCGAGUACACCAUGAGAAACAAUGGGGCCAAGCACCUAAGGGUCCAGGCCCAUGAGCUCACCUGGUACCAGUAUCACAGUCUGGAUGUCCUGGCAUUUCUCCUUUCCAUUCUUCUGUUCCUGAUACUCAUGUUCAUCAAGACCUGCAGUUUCUGCUUCCGGAGGUGCUGUGGCAGAAAGGGAAUCGCAAAGAAAAAGGCUGAGUGAAUGACUUUGAAAAUACAAAGUACUAAAGGUUGUUCUGUUGUCAUUAAGUAUGCAAUGUGAUCCCGCCUUUAAAACAUUUGGGGCAGAAAAUUAAAAACGUUAAACUUUUAGGUAACACUGUCAAACAUUUUUUCUGAGCUAUUUAAACAGACUAUUGAACCUAUUUGUCAGGUUCAGUCUGAUAACCAUUGUUAACCUAAACACACAAAACAUAUAUUUGUUCUCCAAUAUAGUCUCUCCAAUCUUGGGCAAUUUACUUGUUUGAGCUUUAAUUACCAAUGCCUGAAGCAAUCACUACAAUUGCUAACAGGUGCACGGUCAUUUGCAUAUGUGCACCUGCACCAAAUUUGAUAUUAAACACUGAAUGUUCAUUGGCUCAGAAGAUUAAAAAAACAAAAA